UUGAGUUUCAGUGGGAUAAACAAUCUAAUAAAUAUUGCCUUUAAAAAUAGUCAUCUAUGUUAUUAUCUAUCCUUUUACAACUGAUUAUUAGUAUGUGUAUAAUAUAUCUGAACUAUUUUUGUGAAAUAUCUCUCUGACAUAUUGUUUAUAUGUUUUUCCUUUUGCUACAUGUGGGGGCUAGCAUUAAGAGUGGAGCUAGCAAACGGGAGACUCACCAAACUGUGUUUCUGUUGGUGUGCUUACACAGGUGUGAUAACGUUUUUAUUUACCUUUCUUAAUAUACAUGUUACAUGUCUUGUUUGCCUGUUUGAUAUAUGCUGGGAAUGAGCAUUAAGAGUGGCGCUAGCAAACGGGAGACUCACCAAACUGUGUUUCUGUUGGUGUGCUUACACAGGAAAUAAAUAUCACGUCUCAGCAAGUUGUCCACGGGUCACAUUUAUUACACAACGCAGAAGUUACACCGGUUACAUAAGCAUGGUUCCUGUCGCUGCCUGGUUCCUCAUGCUGUAGAGGAGUGCUGUUAUUAAUCCUGGGUACAACAUGUGGGCCGUGUUGCGGUGGUCACCAGCCAGUUGUGCAUUGUUGUUGUAUCCUGCUGCUGAGGAUCUAUGGCUGGGCAGUUGUUGCAUUGGUUAGGUUAGGUUGUUGGGGAUGAGUACUUGCAUGUGACAGUGAGAGGAUUGGCCGCUGUGGAAAAUCCUCAACCAAUGCAUGAACAAUGACAUAUUCCUGGUCAACUUUGGGGUACAUGAAGUGACUAUUCAUUGUCAACAUUAAAGCACAAAACAGCCGCUGGGUAAAUUAGUUUUGCACAUCUGCUAUAAAAGGGGCCUACACGAAUCAGGAUAUGUCAGAUGUUAACCCCCAUUGCUGAGUACGAUCAAACACGGCUCUCUGUCUGGACCAAUAAGUCUAGUACAGCAGUUUCCUCCAAAACGUCUCUGCCUCAUUGCCAGAUGCCUUCGGUACAGGGAAACUGACGACUGUGUGGAAAAGAUGAGGUCCUACCUGUGUGUAGCUCUCACUGUUCUGGUCCUGGCCGCGGACCACACCCUUGCUAGUGACACACCCCCGGACAAAGCAGAAACCCCCCCAAUGAUGACUUUACUCAAGGUUUCCAAGGAAAAAAUCAUAGAAAACCGAACCACAAACCUUCCUGACGAACCUGCCCCUUCAGCUCAGAAUAAGACCACCGCUAUAUUUGUUGUUUUCAAUGAGGCUAAAACUUUCGACAUCGUCCCUCCAUUCACCUUCGAUGACAACCCCAACCUUGAGUGGCAGAGGUUUAACGGGUCUCUGCCCAGUGGAACAGUGGGCAUCUGGAACAGCUACACCGAUCGGCACGAUUACGUGUGCAGAACAUUGGAUGGCUGUGAGACUGGAUUCUACCACAGCGGAUAUGGUGAUUAUUGCUUCUUCGCACGCUACCCUAAGUUGGGGCGCACCAAUGGUUUUUUCAUCCUUGUAAACAAAGAUGAAUUUGUUAAUCUGGAGUGGAAAUCGGGAUCCUAUGGGUCUGUUCCGGAAAACUCAGUCAGAACAUGUAUAAAGUCAGAGAAGGAUUAUGUUGGAAAAAACAAGUAUGGUUUAGGAUUGGUUUCUGCUGGAGAUUCAUUCUAUUUACCUUGGUUGGACUUGAUUUCUGGUGAUACACUCAAUGGGUACACUACAUGGUACAGAAGAUCUUACCAGGUUUUGACAAUAAAUACUGAUGAAUAUGAGCAGGUGAUCCAAGAUGUAGAGUAUGACAUUGAUCAAAGUAGCAUCAUAAAAACUCCCCCAUUCGCUGUUGAUGAACACACUGUAAACAACAAAGAAUGCAAUUAUGCGACACUGACUGUCACACUAUCUGCAACCCUAACUCAAACAAACACCUGGGAAUUCACUUCCUCCAUGACCCUUGCAACCAGCACCACUGUUACUGUAGGGAUACCUGAAAUAGUCAGUGCUAGCGUCACCAUUGGUGUGGAGCAGACUUUUCAGACGACUCAUGAAAUAUCCAUAUCUGAAUCUCAAACCACUAGCCUCCAGGUGCAAAUCACUGUUCCCCCAAACAAGAAGUGCACUUUUAAGCUGCAAGGCAGGAGAUUCACAUUACACAUACCCUUUAAGGCUCUCAUUGGCCGUACCUACAGCAGUGGUGACACAAAGUGGACCACCAUCAGCGGUACUUAUGAAGGAGUUCAGGUGUCUGAUUAUGACGCUGUCAUAGAGCACUGUGAGCCCCUGGCCGACCCCUUGCCUUGUGGGAAAUAGGUCCAUGUGUCAGACAUGUCCUCCUCAUGUGGGCAAGCCGCUGCCCAGUCAAAGCAGUGCCAUUUUCCAGUACACUAGCAGGGAAACAAAAUGAAGCACAGAGCCUUGAGAGUGAUCUCAAAGUCAAGUUUGUUAGGGUUUCAUUAGGACAUGCAGGAGAUGCUUUCUUGCUUUAGUGUUGUAUGACUGAAGGUCAGUCAUUCGCCAAAAUCACAUUUACAUUGAUUAAUUUAAGCAGACACUUUUCUCCACAGUGACUUACAGUACAGAUAUACAUCUUUAAUUAGUAUGCAUGCUAGCUGGGAAUCAAAUCCGCGCCUUGCCUUACCAAUCACAUCACUAUGUGCCCAGGAGGCAUUCAUGUUCAGGGGCCCUUGAUUUCAUAAUCCAUCCACAGCUCAUUCUUUCACUUUGUGUGGCGGUUAUAUUAGGUACAGCUAUACGAUGUACAUCUAGUUCAAAAGUGGCAUGAUUGGUCUAACAGCCUUAAUAGACCUGAUAGACCAGAGGCCUGUGGGUCUUGUGUCAAAUGCAGAAAUGUUGUACAGCUUGGCCCAACCUCAAGCUCCACAUUAGAUAACCAUGACAACACAACCCUUCACUGUAAAGCAUUUGUUAUUGCCUCUUGCUCUGUUUUCCUGUCAUUGUGAAAUGUUAGCUUUCUCCCUUUUCUAUGAAUAAAAUCACAGCUGUAUCACA